UGCAAUAUAGGAGGGUGUUCAAAUACUUAUUUUCCUCACUGUAUAAUAGGGUGGCACGGUGGAACAGCUGUAGAGUGUCAGCCUCGCAGUUAUGUGGACCUGGGUUCAAUUCUGGCCACGCCUGUGCGGAGUUUGUGUGUUCUCCCUGUGUCUGCGUGGGUUUUCUCUGGGCACACCUUUUUCCUCCCAAAUCCCCAAAACUUGCGUUAAUUGAAGACUCUAGAUCACCCCUCGGUGUGAUCGUGUGUUCGACUUUUGUCUGUCUCCACGUGCCCUGCGCUUGGCUGGCAACUAGUUGAGCGUGUACCCUGCCUCUUGCCGGAUGACAGCUGGGAUUAGCACAGACAGUCCGGCAACCCCUGUGACGAUAAGCAGCUCAAAAAAUUGAUGGAUAUAUCUAAUUCUAAAAUAUUUGAAAUAUUUUGAAAACAAGCACCACAAGAAUUGAAAUUUAACAUACAAAUACUAUGGAUUAGCACAAUAGAUGGGUGGAGGGAUGAUCUGAUGUGCAUGUGUGUGAGUGAGAGAGAGACAGUUCAAUGUGGGCUUCACCGGAUUAUCCGAGUGAAAUGAGGCAGGAGUCGCAGGUUAAAAAAACCCACCACAUUCAGACAUAUCCGGGAGAUGGGGUACAAGUCUCGGCUCCUCGGGAAGUGUCUCAACUGAGCCAAGGAGGAUUGGACUAGUGGUCCAAGGUCCUCAUUUCUGAUUUAAAGUAAAGUCGUGAUUUGGGGUGCAAAGUCCACUGCAGGUGUUGAUGAACUCAGAUUUCUUAAACCCAAAGUUACAACAACCAUCUAACAGGAUGUUUUGGAGGACUUCAUGAUUCCUUUUGCUGAGGAUCUGUAAGAAGAUACAGUUUGUAUCUUCUUGAGUGACCUACGUCCUGCCCAUACUGCUAGAAACACCAAAACCUAGUUUGAUGCCCAUGUCCAUUGACUGACGAACUAACUCGCCAUAUCUAAACCCCACUGAGAAUAUAGGGGAUACUUUCAAAAGAACCCAAAACAAAGAAGAACUGAUAGGAAGGGAAAGAAAAUCUGGUUUUGGAUAACUUCCUUGGCAUGUCACACAGGCUAAUUGCAUUGAGGCAGUGAUUAAAGCAUGGGGAUUUUCAACCAAAUAUUGAAGAUUGACAUAUGGUUUUGAAAGUACCAUAUUUUGAUUGAUUUAGUGUGACCUAUCCAUCCACUGAUUUUCUGAGUUCCUUAUUCUCCCAUUUGGGUGAUCUGACUGACGUGAAAGGAUAAUUUUAGUCUUAUUUGACUUCUGACAGUGAAACAAAAUAUAAAUGUUUUUGCACAGUAUGUAAAUUUGAUGUUUGAACUUUAUGAGUGUGCAUGUGAAAAUGCGUUAAUCGUCCCACACCAACUUAAGUCCCAGAGCAGAGUAUCUGCGGAUACAUCCAAGUACAUUGACACUGUCUCGCUUGCACAAUAAACUCCAGAAGUGACACAUAAUAUGCCUGUAAGGUGAGGGCUCAUGACCCUGUCCUACCUAGCCGAGAGGCAGGCUCGGCUCUAGGCGCCCAUCCGAAAGGACCCCAGUGGAAGGGUGCCGCAGGACAAUGGAAAAGGAAGGGGGUUUUCCGAGAGAACCCCGUGGCUGGUUAGAUUAACCAGAUAGGAAAGCACAGAAGCGGGACAUGAGCCACAAGAGGUGGGAGUCAAAUGUUAAAUUCACAGUAGGCAUGUCCACAUGUCUACAAAGUUGGCGUAGACCACAUUUGGCAACUUGAAUAAAGUCCACAAUUUUGACCCAAAAAAUGAGUUGAAAAAUCACUGAUGUAAGACACUCUCAACCUUGUACUCAUACUAAUGAUUGUUUAAUCUUUAAUCUCAGCAGAUCAAGUGUUAACUGUUCAAUCACAUUUUAUACUAUUUGAUUUCAAAUCAAGACAAACAGUUCUCAAAAUUUCACAGCUUCACCUGUAGAGUUGACACACUGACACAGACAUCAAGGCAUGUAUUUGAAAUAUUUAUGCAGUUUCUGAAAAGUCAGUAACAUUAAGUAAAUAGUUAAUUUCUGUAUUUGUGUUCCAUUGUUGAUCAAUCCCAGCUUGGUCUUCUCCAAGAGAGGGUCCCCCAACCUUUUGGUCCCUAUCUACCAAUAAAGGAAUCGAGUCUUUUGGAGAUCAGAAUCGGGAUUUGAUGGGAAACUUGUAAUUGGAUAAGCUCCAGCAGGCUUCUUUUAGUAGCUGUCUUGCACAGCAGGACCGCAGGGAAUUAUGCAGUUUAUCAAAUUGUUGUUGGGAAGUUGGCAACUGGGUCAGUAACUGCACCGGCAUACCUAUAGUCAACACGAACUUGCAAACUCUUCACAGGCGAGGCCGAAUUUGAGCCUGGGCCCUCAGAGAUGUGAAGCUGAUGUGCUAAUCGGCCUUUCACCGUGCAGCUACAACUUCAAUGUGGGCUUCAAUGGAAUCAUUGAGAAUUUGCCUUUCAGCUUGUCCGGUUAGGGGUCUCCACAGGGACUAACAUCAACUCUAUAAUCAAAAGAGUCCAGCAAAGGAUGUACUUCUUGUGGCUUCUGGGGAACCACGGUCUGUCACAAGAGCUGCUGAAACUGCUCUACACAGCGGUCACUGAAUUAGUACUGUGUACCUUAAUCACGGUCUGGUUUGGGGCUGCCACAAGAUGGACAAACUCCGACUGCAACGGACAAUCAAAACAUCUGAACGGAUUGUCCGCACCACAAUACCCACUCUUGAAGACUUGCACGCCACUCGAACUAGGACCAGAGCGGACAGGAUUCUUUCAGGCCCUGCACAUCCUGGCCACCAGCUCUUCCAGGUUCUUCUGUCGGAUACUGAGGAAAACUGAUGGGAGAAAUGACAGAGGGGGAGCUUACAUUUUCCUUUACUUCCCAUCCUCUUGUUUUCUUUCAGUUUUGUCCCGGUACUCAUACAGACCACUGCACGCACACACACAGACAUAGGCACAAAGAAAUGCACACACCACUUAAUUUCUCUUCCAUUCAGAGCUUGUUCUGGCUUACUGUAUAGGUUGGGGGAAAACUAUAAACACCCUUGACCAGUUGAAACCAAUAAAAGUAAUUUUCAUUCAUUCAUUACUUUGUAUUAUAUAUAGCACUGAAGAUAAAAAGCAAAGAUUCCUCUCUGAAUUUAUUUCUUUACAAAUAUAAGUCCAGAGUCAAGUUCAAGUCUUACUGGCGAGGGAAAGGGUCUUUCUCUGUCUAUAGGUGUUGUUUCUCCACUUAGUGUCUUCAUGUUUUGGGGGUGCUUCAGUGCCCCCACCCUCUGUCAAUCCCCCUGCUCCUGCUGCCGCCACGGCCGGCCACCCCACUCACUCGGUUGCAAUGCCAACAGAGACACUUGCUCCAGCUUUGCCAGAUAGCAAGUCCACCAGCACUGCAACACCCUUCAGUUCCACUGUAUCCCUCAGAAUCCUGAACAAGGGCCCAGACUACUUCAGGAGACAGGUUGAACCCAACCCGAAACGCCUCAGUGCUGUUGAGCGACUCGAAGCUGACAAAGCAAAAUAUGUUAAGAGUCAAGAGGUUAUCAACGCUAAACAAGAACCAAUCAAACCACCACUUCUGGCCAAGCCUCCAACUGUUCAUACCCUCCUUUCUAAAAGAACUCCUGGAGUGUGUGGUGCAGUACCUUACAAACCUUCAAAUAACAACGCCAAGUCAGACGCAUGUGCAACCAGUAGCGCCAGCAGCAAAUGGGAGAAUUUAAAUCUGGAAAUCCUAAAAAAUCUCCUAAACUCAUCUUCAGGAGCAGGCUCUGAACGGGUUGUGGGUGGAGCCAAGAGUGCUGCGUUGAGGUCAUCUGGAGGACUAACAAGGAGUUGGACACCAUCCAGGAUGCCAUUAACAUACCGAUCUACAAUGGCUCUGAAUGAACAACCACAAGACUUGGGUCCCAGUCCAAGCACCUCACAUUCCUUGCGCUCAUUUUCCCGUUCCUUAAAGGUACCUCCAAUCAGCAGUGAUGGACGGUGCAGUCCGCAGUUGGUAGGAAACCUUAAUCUCACCAGAGUUCUAGCUGAAAGAGGAGGUGAAGCUGGGGUUACAGAAAGAUCCCGGUCUCCACUACCACCACUACUGACUUCGCACUCCUCCUCCGACCUUCUGCGACUGUACAACGGCAAACCACUUCGUACUGCUCGAUCUAGCAGCUCCUCAGCUCCACCACUCCCCCCAAAACCAAACCCUGCUUCCCUCCCACCUCCUACCCUCUCAUUGUCCUUGCCUCCCCCUUGUCAAAAUUUAUCCCCAUCGCUCUGCAACAACACAACACUUGAGUCGCUGUCAUGUGAUGUUGGAGAAGGUGCUAAUCCUUCAACAGAUCCCAACCUGGAGUUGGAGAUUGGUUCCUCUGUAGCACGGCGUUCAUCUCUACAUAGGUCGAAAUCAGACCUGUCAGACAGGUAUGCCCGGGCUGGAGCUGACAUAGAACGUUUUUUUAACUAUUGCGGACUUGACCCUGAGGAGCUGGAAGCAGUUGGUCCAGAGAACUUUGCUCGGGCCAAUUCGGACAUUGUGAGCUUGAAUUUCAGAUCGGCUUCAAUAAUUUCCUCUGACUGUGACCAGUCGCGGCCGUCCUCAAAUGAUUGCUUGUCGGAUGGGGAUGAAGGAGAAGACGAAGACGCAGGAGAGCGAGUUCCUUAUGGCAUCUCUGCUGUGGAGCGCAAUGCAAGAGUUAUUAAAUGGCUGUAUAGCAUCAAACAGGCAAGAGUGACACAAAAGGUCUCGCAUGUCUAGGUAACACCCUACAAUCAAACUUGUUGUCUCAGAUAGGAUAGACCAGGUGUUCUCACUGGUUGAAGACAGGUUUACUGGGUUACAUGGACAAUUGUCAAAGCAAAAUUUACAGUAAGUAAAAGAAUAGAACUUGAACACUCACAAAAGGUUUUACUGGACAUUUAUGAAAAUUAAGUAGUUCAUUUGGAAGUAUUUUGGAACACUAAUGUUUGAACAUUCAUUUGAGGGACAUGAACAAUGUGACUGCCUCAUAAAAUGAGCUACUGAACUUUCAUAGAGGACAAUCCUUCAAUUUAAAUCUUGUGUGAGUACAGAUGACUUUGAAACCUCAAGUUGGAACCCGCUUGCCAGUUCAGCUGUUUAAAUCGGUGAGGUGAUGUACAUAAAAGAGCCACAGUGGAAGAAUCAAACCUAGAGAAACUAAAAAUUGAAUGAUCAAUGCUACUUCAAAAACAUUAUCUUCACACAAUUUCAAACACAUUUCCUCAAACAGUUGCCUAACCUCUUUUAGAUGUUUUAACAUCUCUCCACAGAGACCUUUUCUCUUUCUGGAACAAAUAACAGGUAAUGGGUGUGGUGGUGGUACAGUUUGAAUGGGUUCAUGUAAUUACUGUUUAUAUGAAUUUCCAUCUCGGGUAUAAAAUUGAUGCCAUUUCGGUAUAUUUUGACAUCAUAGCAGCAGGACAAUGUAUAAGUCGCCAUUGAAUUCUUUUGAUGAAGUAUGCCCAAACCAAAGUCACAAACAUCAACCAAUGCUCUCUCCCAUGUAACCCAAUGCAUUUUAUUAAACAUCGCUUUUAUUGUCCACCCAUUCUGUCGUGUUCAAUAUUAGUUAGGUUAGUGCAUAAAAUUACUUAAUUACUCUUUACAAACAAAGCCAUGAAAAUUGGGUUGAAAAGAAGUCAAGAACAUGACAAAAAAAUACACUAACCUACCACAUACCUAACCUUUUUCAACAUUCGUUCACACACUUUUCUGGCAGUUAUGUUAAACCUGAAGGCGAGGACAGAAUUCGAGAAAACCUACAGAAGGUACAGAAAGUAGUCAGAUCCUCUUGAAUUUUUCAUUUUAUCACAGCCAUUUGUAAAAAAAAAAAAAUUUUUUUUUUCCUCAUUAAUGCACACAUAGAACCCCAUAUUGACAAACAAAAUACAAUGCAGAUGUUUUCUUUAUUUUCUUUAUUAAAGAAAAACUGAAAUAUCACAAAGCCAUAAGUAUGCAGAUCUUUUCCUCAGAAUUUAAUAGAUGCAUCAUUUUGAGGUGAUACAGUCAAGAGUCUUUAGGGGAAUGUUGCAACAUGUUUUUCCACAACCCGGAUUUCAGAAUCCUCUGCCCUUCCUCCAUUCAGAUCCUCUACAGUUUGAUGGUGCAUGUUGGAGAGUUAUUUUCAGGUCCAGGUAUGCUUAAUUGGGUUUAAGUCAGGGGUCGGUCUGGGCAAUUCAAGAACAGUCACAGAGUUGUUUUGAAACCACUCAUUUAUUUUAACUGUAUGGUUAGUGUCUGUCUUGUUGGAAGGUGAAACUUUGAAGUGUUUAUGUAUCACUCCACUUCUAUUCUCAUUCGAUAGACUUCUAUAAUUCACUUAGUCUCACUACAUUCCGGUUGCAUGGUUCACGGUCCUUGUCUUGCAUGCUUAUUUUCCUGUCCUAUCUUGUCCUGUUCUUCCUUGACAGGGUUUAGUGCUACAGUCUCAUGCAACAUCCAUACUUAAUGUUUCUUUGUUGGAGAUAUGAAAUUAUUUGCUUUUCUCAUUGUGUUUACAGUUAGCGCUUUGUCUUUUUGUUUUCUCUCACCCCUCUAGAAAUUCUGUUCUGUUCGACUGAUCAACUCUGAUCCUCUAAAACUUUAAUUAAAAUACUAAUAAAUCACAGAGGAAGCUCUAAAACUCCACUUUGACAGAGUAAAACUGUUCUGGCAUGAAUGGGAUGCAAAUUCUCCAUUAUGCUUGAUGUAACAGCUGAGGAGGACACACACACACAGAGAAAAAAAGGAAGGUGAAUAUUCGGCCCAGUCUAAGGUCCUGAGUACUGUACUUGACCACAUUCAUCUUUCCUUUGAUUGUAACAGUCAUCUUGUCCCUGCAGCUGAGUACACCAUGAUAUUGCCUCCACUAUGCGUCACUGUUGGGACUGUAUUGGACAGGUGACUAGCACUGCCUGGUUGACUCCACACAAACCACUGAAAAUGAAGGCCAAAAAGUUCUAUUUUGGUCUCAUCAGAUGAGAUAAUGUUGUUUAUCUCCAUCUAGGGAGUCCUUCAGGUGUUUGUUUGUUUGUUUACCAGCAAACUCGAUGCAGGCCUUCAUGUGUCUUGUGCUGACGAGAGGCUCCUUUCGGGCCACUCUGCCAUAUAGACUGUUUGCGACUGACGUCACACACCUUCCGGUUUAGAACGCAGUCGCCAUUUUGGUUGGGUGAAUUCUUGUAAACAUACCGUAAAUACGCAGGAAUCAUUUCAGAAAGGCGCAUGAAUGCAGGUGCACUGCUAUGUUAUCGGUUGCUCAAACGAAAGUGGGCGUUGUAAAGCAGCUUUCUUUGGACUGCCAGCUGUGAUCAAGAACCAGUGCAAGAAAACAGAGCAGUUAUCAACCAAACGGCGUCAACUGUGGCCGUCUCGUAUCAGCAGACCCGAUCUAGCAGCCAAGUCAUUCCCUUAUGUCCAAGUUUGCUUGGAGCAUAUUGUUCUUGGUAAGUAUUAGAUACCUUUUAGAAUUACACACCUACUUAGCAAAAACUAAGUUCUGUGAAGGAGAAGUAUUCUUUCGGGCCAAGGGCCUACAUAAUACUCAUGUGUAAAUGCAAUGAAUGUCUCCAAAAUCUGUAUUUUCUGUCAGCCCACGAAAGAAACUAAAACUGAACCGAAAUCCCCCCAGUACAACUCUAUAAGGCAAUGAAAACAAAGAGACAGAGAUGGAUAGAUAGACUAAAAUAAAGGCCUAUCCAAGAACAACUCAUUGAUGACAAUGAAGUCCUUUUUCAAUUUUACAGGAAAACCGUCUGCCCAGUUCAAAGAAGACAGCAUUGAUCGGGCGCCAUCCUUGAAACUGUGCCACACAAAAAAAUGGCCUUACCAACUCCUGACCAAGGUAACCGAAAGUGGAAGAGAGAAAAGAAAAGGAUCAGAGGCAGCAAGAGACAUUCCUUACAUUAUGUAGGUCUGGACUACAAGAUGAAGAGGCUGAGUGCAGUCAGUUUUCAAAUGACAGCAGAUAUGAUGUCAGCAAUUCAGAUUGUGGAAAGAAGUGCCAAACUGAUUAAACUGGAGUGCAAAUUAAUGUACUUCAGGAAUAUUAUAAUUGUCUUGUCUCUGAGAACAAACAAAGAACUUACUCCUUGUAGAUUUUUUUUUUAAAUUUAUAUAUCUUUGUUUCCUGGACUUGUUACUAUACAAGUUCAAAAUUAAAAGUUACAUGUCAAGCAGACCAAUAGCAGCAGCAAAGCAAUAAUUUACCGUUUAAUUCACAACUGUUAAUCACACUCAGCGAUGCAUCAACAACUUUCAACAUGAUCAACAGUCUUUUCUCGCUCUGUUAGGCAUACAGCUCGCAUCAUUGAGGCAGUCACUCUUCCACAUCUAAAUCUGUGCCAUAGCUUGAAUUUUGGCUGUGACUUUGAAGCAUUUUCCACAGCAACUGCUUCCUGUUGAGGAACUGUAAUUUCACAAGCUUUGCAUUUUGAAAUUAUUUCACUGAAGGUAGCUUUAAGUAGGUGUCAUAAAGUCUGCUAAGAAAUACUGGGAAUUUCUUGUGCAAUGCGACCAGAACAAAGUCACUUUGGUAUUCACUUUUGACGCUUAGUAUUGCACAUUUAAAGUUUUUACCACUCAAGCAAUCCAUGAACUUUAAAAAAAAUCUCUCUCAGAAGGAGAGUCGACAGUUUGAACAUUCAGUGUGUCACAUGAGAUAGCUUCUGUUCCAUCACUACGAGUGUCCAUUUUUCCUUUUUCAUCCUGGCAGAUGCAAAGUCAAGUUCCACAUGAAACACCUUUAACACUUGCUGGAAGCAAAUACGACUUUUCAUCUGUGACUGUGUUGUUGUUGAUGAAAAUUCACUGCAGCCUCUUUAAAGAAGAGAAGUGAGGCAACAUGUACACGAUUCUCCAAGCCGAGCCAUGCAGUUUCAGUGUGCUGCAAGCACCUUUCCAUCAGGAUUGAUAAUAAUCGAGUUAACAAGUGGUGUGUCACCCAAUCUCUGUGAUUGCAUGACCUAAAACAAAAAACAUUAUUCAUAAGUUCAAAGACAAUACACAAUAAAAGUUAUUAAUGAACUAGAGGUCUAACUCAUUUUAUCAUAAAUAUUUCUGAAAUGCGUAUCAUGACUAUAACGUGUCAGACAAGGCAGGUGUUGUGAGGGCUCCACUUGGGACUCCUCCC